AUGGUCACAGAACUUCCCUAUGCCCUCGACGCAGAGACGCCUCUGAACCCCUCAGAGCUCAGCGUCCUGCGCGCCCAGUUCGAAAAAGAAGGCGAAAUGGUCGGCGUCCAGACCAAGUUCAACUACGCCUGGGGCCUCGUCAAAUCAAACAACCGCAACGACCAGCAACUCGGCGUCCGCCUCCUCUCCGACAUCUUCCGCGUCUCCCCCGAGCGCCGCCGCGAAUGCCUCUACUACCUCGCCCUCGGCAACUACAAGCUCGGCAACUACGGCGAGGCCCGCCGCUACAACGACCUCCUCCUCGACAAGGAGCCCGCCAACCUCCAGGCCACCGACCUGCGCCAGCUCAUCGACGACAAGGUCGCCAAGGAAGGGCUCCUCGGCGUCGCCAUCAUCAGCGGCAUCGGCAUUGCGGCCGGUGUCGUCGGUGCGUUCUUGUUGAGGAAUGCAAAGAGGAGGUGA